CACACAUCCACAGGAUCUUAAUUAUGCUUCUGUUUCAGAACUGAGCAGAAAAAAGCAAGCUGGGGAUGGAUGUUGCAGCCAAGAUCCACACCGGGGCUGAUAACACCAAAGGAGGGAUGAUCUGCUGUUUAUGAUGAGACCUCCUAAGUCAGCUUCAGUGCAACUGAAGAGGGGUUCUGGAUCAUAUAGGCUGUCAGAACCCAAAACACAUCCAGCUGCAGCAUCUCCACUCAGACCGGGGGGGCGUGGUCACGUCAGAAUUCCAGAUCCAGUGAAAUCCGCUUCACGGUUUGCAGACUCACAGCGGUUUUAGUUGAAGUGAGAGCUCCGCGUUUCUUCAGUCACCUCAAAAGUCGUUUGCGUUUGUUUGUGCGCGCAAGCGCUCCGGACUCUGACUGCGCCGACAGGUUCUGGUUUUACUGGUGAUGACAUUCCUCCUGGUCACUGGAAAGGUCCCCAUUGAAAUGAAAGACCUCCGCUCCUGCCCUUUGACCUCCUUCCUGCACUAUCCUUCCUCCAAAGCCUCCACCGUGCCCCUCUCCCCAUCAGCUGGCCCCACCUCAACACCUGGGGCAUCCCUGUUGUCUGCACCAUUCUCCAAACUGCAGCCCAUCUCCUUGCAGACAGGUCCACAUCUCAUCGCCACCAUGCAGCUGCAGAAGCUCAACUCCCACUACCAGAACCUGCCCGGGCUUCCUGGAGCUCAGAAGGCCUUUGAGGGCCCACAGUCUGGCACAGGGAACCAGCUCCUGGGACUGUCUGCAGGCAUUGGGGGCCAAGACUCUGGAGCAGGAAGCAUGAUUGACUUUGACUUGGUGGACGAGGAGGUCCUCAUGUCCCUGGUGGUGGAACUGGGUCUGGACCGAGCCAACGAGCUCCCUGAACUCUGGCUGGGACAGAACGAGUUUGAUUUCAUGUGCGAUGUGCCGGCUGGAUGCUGACCUGCAAAAGAGAAAACACGGAUGAAGGGACUGAAAAAAGACAUGGGGAACCCCCCACCCUGAGUUUGCUGAGUCAUCACUUCCAAAAAACCCUGGAAAGAUGUUAAAAAUAGCUCAUGGAGACACAGGGAUACCGCUUGUAACCCUUGUGCUAUCCUAGGCACUUGGGAACAAUGGGAGUUGGGUCAUCUAGACCCACUAGACAGUGUGUUGAACCUUU